UCACCAUCAUCACCGAGUCGUCAACCCACCGCCGCAAUCAAUCCAGCACCCACCCCCACACUCUCCGCCCCAACUUUCUUUCCCGAAUAUUGCCCACCAUGGCCGAAGACGGGAUCCUCGUGGAAUACCGCGGCAGAAUCGCCAUCAUCACCCUCAACGUGCCGAAGAAGUUGAACGCGCUGGGCGGAGAAUUAUACUACAAGCUCGCCGUCGCAAUGCUCGAAGUAGCGCAACACGACGAAGUCUACAUCACCGUAUUGACAGGAAACGGGCGCUUCUUCUCCGCGUACGUCCACCCAUGCAACAUGCGCACAGCACUCCCACAAGUAGAACAAGCACUAACCCUCCCCCCAGCGGCGCAGACGUAUCCUUCGGCAGCCAAGUAUCCAGCGACGCCAUCGACGAGCGACACCUAUGGCUGCGCUCCUUCGCAGCCAACAACCUCCAGAUCACACACGCCUUCUACACGCAUCCGAAGAUCCUAGUCACGGCGCUCAACGGGCCAGCCGUCGGGCUAUCCGCCGCGCUGAUCGCGCACAGCGAUUUCAUUUACGCGGCGCCGCACGCCUACAUCCUCACGCCCUUCGCCUCGCUCGGCCUCGUCACAGAAGGAAACGCGAGCAUAUCCUUCGUCAAGCGUCUGGGCAUCAGCAAGGCGAACGAGGCGCUGAUUAUGAGUCGGAAGAUUGGCAUUGAGGACCUGGUGGCGACGGGGUUUGUGAAUAAGGUUGUGGAUGUGGGGGAGAAAGGGUCGCCUAAGUUUCUGGCAGCGGUGCUGGGUGAGGUUGAGGAUAAGCUGGGGGAUCAUCUGAAUGGUGAGAGUUUGCUGAAGAUCAAGGCGCUGAUUCGGAAGCCGGAUUUGCCGUUGUUGGAGCGCCAGGGCGUGGAGGAGGUGUUUGGCGGGAUGGAGAGGUUUCUUAAGGGUGUGCCGCAGAAGGAGUUUGCGCGGUUGGCGAGCGGGGAGAAGAAGCAUAAACUGUAGAGGAAGUGUAAUAGUAUAGAAGUGAAGUAGAAGAUGUGAGAUCGCCCGAAUAAUAGAUUGGUUUGGCU